AUGAGCUACUACGGAAACUCCUACUAUGGAAGCCUAGGCUCUGGCUAUAGAGGCUUUGGUGGCCUAGGCUAUGGCUAUGGCUGUGGCUGUGGCUGUGGCAGCUUCAGCAACCUGGGCUAUGGCUGUGGUUCUGGCUAUGGAAGCUAUGGCUAUGGUUCUGGCUAUGGCUGUGGUUGCUGCCGCCCUUCAUGCUGGGGAGGAUACGGGUUCUCUAACUUCUACUGA